UGAUUAACAAGACCUUCAUUUGACCUUUCCUCGUGUGCAAGUAGAAUUUCCCGAUACUUUUGACAAUUGACAGUUAUCACUGUAGAGCAGUAGAGGAGUGAUUAGAGUUCAUAAUUAAAAACAUAAUAAAUCCACAAUGACCACCUACUUCAACUACCCCACCCCCGAGCUACAGGAGGAGCUGAAGAAGAUCGCCAAUGCGAUCGUGGCUCCGGGCAAGGGCAUCCUCGCUGCUGAUGAGUCCACUGCUACGAUGGGCAAGCGUCUGACGGACAUCGGUGUUGAGAACACGGAGGAGAACAGGCGCCAGUACCGCCAGCUGCUCUUCACGGCCAAUGCGUGCGUAGCCGAGAACAUCUCCGGCGUGAUCCUGUUCCACGAGACGCUGUACCAGAAGGCCGACGACGGUACACCGUUCGUGAAGCUGCUGGAGAAGCAGGGCAUCAUCCCCGGCAUCAAGGUCGACAAAGGUGUUGUACCGCUGUUCGGCUCGGAGGACGAGUGCACCACACAAGGUCUCGACGACCUCGCCCAGCGCUGCGCCCAGUACAAGAAGGACGGCUGCCACUUCGCCAAGUGGCGCUGCGUGCUCAAGAUCGGCAAGAACACCCCCUCGUACCAGGCCAUCCUCGAGAACGCCAACGUGCUGGCCCGCUACGCCUCCAUCUGCCAGAGCCAGCGCAUCGUGCCGAUUGUGGAGCCCGAGGUGCUGCCUGAUGGUGAGCACGACCUGGAGCGCGCGCAGAAGGUGACGGAGACGGUGCUGGCGGCGGUGUACAAGGCGCUCAACGACCACCACGUAUACCUCGAGGGCACGCUGCUCAAGCCCAACAUGGUGACCGCCGGCCAGAGCUGCCCCAAGAAGUACACACCCCAGGACGUCGCGCGCGCCACCGUCACCGCGCUCCUGCGCACCGUGCCCGCCGCCGUGCCCGGCAUCACAUUCCUGUCCGGUGGGCAAUCCGAGGAGGAGGCAUCAGUCCACCUGAACGCCAUCAAUUCUGUGGACCUCAAGCGGCCGUGGGCCCUCACCUUCAGCUAUGGGCGCGCGCUCCAGGCCUCCGUGCUCCGCGCCUGGGCCGGCAAGAAGGACAAUGUGGCCGCUGGCCAGAACGAGCUCAUCGCGCGUGCUAAGGCCAACGGCCAAGCGGCCCAGGGCAAGUACGUGGCUGGCUCCGUAGCGGGAGUCGGCGCACAGGCCGGCCUCUUCGUCGCCAACCACGCUUACUAAACUAUGAACUCGUUACAUAUUUAUUUCCAAUAUAUUACAAAAAAGAAAGUUUAUUUCAUUGACGAUAAUAUUAGCACAAAUAUCGUAGAGCCACAAAUUGGCGCGCUCGCAAAACAAGAUGGCGCCCGUUACGUCACAGUCUACAAAUAUCGUAGAGCCACAAAUUGGCGCGCUCGCAAAACAAGAGGGUGCCCGUUACGUCACAGUCUAUGUUACAAAUUUAAAUUACAAUAUUUAAAUGUUUUCUCGAAUGUAAUUUUGUAGAAGUGUUGACUUUGAAAUUAGACGCAUGUAGCUUCAUCUAUUUGUGCAUCAUGUAAAGAAAUUAUAUGGAAUCAGAAAUACUAUACCUACACUAUUUAUAUGAGAUGAAAUGUUUUAUUAUUUUAGGUAUUAAAUUUAUUUUGAUAAUUAAGAAAUGUGUUGUAU